UGCAGGUAAUAUGGCGGCUGUUGAAGAUUUUCUACAAAAUGGAGAUGUUUCUUGCAAAUUUACAGUAACACGAAUGGAAAACGAAAACAUUGAACAGUUGAACGAAGAGAUUCGCAAUCUCGAGAAGUUAAUACGUUUGACAAAGGAGAGGUUAGAAAGAUUGAAUGCUCAAUUUGGAAAAGAGAGGCACCCUCCUGCCUUGUAUUUACAGGAAUAUGAGGAACUUGCCAACAAAAUUCAUGAGUUACAAACACAGCUGCAGGACAAAGAGCAAGCACUAACAGACAUAGAAUUAGAACCGCCGGAACCUCCACCCAAACCAGAGCCUGCUCGACCACUUUAUCCAACUACACCUAUUAACCUUGCACCUAGCUCUAUUGGAAAUGGGGCAAAGAUUGAACCAGGUGGAGAUAUGGGAGCCUUACCAAGCCCAAGUUUGUCAAUGAAGUCUCCAGUGGGCCAUGUUAAAGCGUUCUUGCCUAACAAUCAGCGGACAUCAGUUACAGUGAAGGUUGGGAAGACUCUAGGUGAAGGUCUGGCGAAAGCAAUGAAGUUACGAGAUUUUGAUACAGAAGACUGUGAUGUGUUUGAUAGUACAGGGAGACAAUUUAGCUGGGAUGACCCUAUGACAGAUGUUGCAGGGUACGAGCUAACAGUUGUGUUGAAAUCAAACAGACGGCAACAUAUAAAUUUUCCGGGGGUUCCAAAUCAUAAUAUUGUACGAAAAACAUUCUUUUCUUUAACUUUCUGUGAUGUUUGCCACAAGUUCUUGCUGCAAGGUUUUCGCUGCCAGACGUGUGGCUACCGACUGCAUCAGCGGUGCAAGGAAAAUAUCAACCCUCAAUGUGAUACUAGAAAUCUAACCAAACAUCUACUAGCAGACAGUUUUGGUCACUCAAGCAUGUUGCUCUCGUCAUACCAAAAUGCCACCCUUUCUCAAACCUCCUCCCGGGCAUUCGCCCAUAGGCAGACACCACCUCUCGUUCAGAGAGGCAGAUCAACGUCAGCACCCAACGUUAGCUUUGUAAAUACCGGUACCACUGAGGAGGAUGUAAGACAGCAGUUACAGCAAGCAUACGAGGCCUCUACAAAUCAGCAAGCACAGGCCGCUCCUUACAGAUACCCAAUGUACAAAGAUAAGCGUCAUGCAAGCGAUAGUUGUACAAAAAAGUUUCCUCACAGGGCAUUGUAUAAAGGUCAGCACAGUAAUACGUUAAAUUUACCUGGUCGUACGUCAAGUCACAGUCCUGCUGGUAGCCCAACAGAUAGUACAAACCAUUCACCUACCCCAGGAGGUAAACAACGCCCUCGGGCACGAUCUGUAGAAACAGACCCUGGUCGUAGAACAGGAGGAUGGCGAGACUCUAAUGAAGACUGGGAAAUACCAAAUGAAGAAAUAAUUCUUGGUCCUCGUAUAGGUUCAGGCUCAUUUGGAACAGUGUUUAAGGGUCACUGGCAUGGGGCAGUGGCGGUAAAGAGGCUCAAUGUGACUAACCCCACUCCUGCACAGUUACAGGCCUUUAAAAAUGAAGUAGCAGUUUUAAGAAAAACUCGACAUUUAAAUGUUUUAUUAUUUAUGGGUUGUACAUCUAAACCCCAAUUAGCAAUCAUAACACAAUGGUGUGAAGGUUCGAGUUUGUACAAACAUUUACAUGUAGAUGAUAUCAAGUUUGAGAUGCUGGGUCUUCUAGAAAUAGGCCGGCAAACAGCUCUCGGCAUGGAUUAUCUCCAUGCCAAGUCCAUAAUUCACAGAGAUCUCAAAUCAAAUAAUAUAUUUUUAACAGAAGAUUUAACAGUAAAGAUAGGUGAUUUUGGUCUGGCAACUGUGAAAACCCGCUGGAGUGGAUCACACCAGUUCCAGCAACCUACAGGCUCAAUAUUAUGGAUGGCCCCAGAAGUGAUAAGAAUGCAGGAGCAGAAUCCUUAUACAUUCCAGUCUGACGUGUAUGCAUUUGGUAUUGUGUUAUAUGAACUCAUGACGGGACAGUUACCAUACUCGCAUAUAAAUAAUAAAGACCAAAUAUUAUUUAUGGUUGGUAAGGGUUAUUUAAGUCCAGAUGUGAAUAAAGUACGAAAUGACUGUGCUAAGGCGUUAGUACGUCUCAUGCAAGAUUGCUGCAAGUAUGACAGAGACACUAGACCUUUAUUUCCACAGGUAAGGGGAAAUACUUCCACCUGGAAUUAUUUUAUUUAUUUCUACAUCAUAUUCAAGCUUGAGAUUUUAGUACUGUUCCUGAAAGCUUUUGAUUAA